AUGGAUAGCGAGAACGAGAUUCGUUACGAUUUCACAAAUCCUCUGCUCAACAGGGUUGCAUUGCGUAUGAACCUUAAAGUUGAUCGAGAGUUUAAGGACCAAGAUAAUCGUUUGGAAAAGGUCUACAAAAUCAUCGAUGAAAAGUUGAAUCUGAGGAAUGAGCAAAAAGUGUUUUUUAAGAAUUGGAUGGAGAAGUGGGAGGACGAAAAUAAUAUUUCCAACGAGAGCGGAAUAAAGCGAAAAUGUAUAAAAUGCUAUAAAAUGACCUUUGCUAAGAAAAACUGUGAACAUUGCAUUCGAAAUUAUCUGGUGCAGAAUUUUACAGAAUGGACAUCAGGAAAUGGUGAUGUUGACGUAUUAAUUCAAAAUUGUCAAAGCAUUGCACUGAGGCCGGAUUAUAUUGUCGAAUGGAUCCCUUACGAAAACCUUGGAGAUUUUGCAUUUCUAGGUAAAGGCGGUUGGGCCGAAGUCUACAAAGCGACUUGGUUUGGCGGUCGAUUUGAUGAGUGGGAUGCUGAUAAACAACAACUCGGGAGAACAAAGAAGAAAAGUGUUGCCCUUAAGACGUUGGAUAGUUUACCAGGUUCAGAUCACAGAUGGUUCCGUGAGAUCCAAUCACAUCUAAAUUUCAUGAUGAAAACAAAUUCGGUUGUCAAAUGUUAUGGAUUGACAAGGAACGUGGAAACCGGAAAUUUUAUGCUCGUCCUAGAAUAUAUGACCAAAGACUUGCGCAAAUUUAUGGAAGAAAGUAAUUCCUCGCUUCAUUGGGAAGAGAAAAUUGAAAUCAUAUACGACAUUACAUAUUCUAUCAUGAAGAUCCAUGAAGACAAGGCAGGCCUAAUUCAUGGUGAUCUCCAUCCGGGAAACAUCCUCCAAGGGAGCAAUUCCAAGAAUUGGUACAUAGGUGAUCUUGGAUUUUGUAGGCCAGCAGUGCAAGAGUCAAAUGAGUUCUAUGGAGAGCCUCGAUACGUAUCCCCGGAAGUGAUACGUAAUAAAGAAGUCACACAGGCGUCAGAUAUAUAUAGUAUCGGGAUGAUAAUAUGGCAGGUAACAACUGGUCGUGUUCCUUACGAAGAGUAUACGAACGAAAUUAGCAGAUCAGCCAGCAUUUUCCUUGAGAGAAUUUGCGGAGGUCUCCGCCCACAAGGCGUUCCUGGGCUACCUCCGGAAUAUGAGGAAAUAAUGGAAAGAUGUUUGCAUAAUGAUCCUUCCUUGAGGCCAAAAGCGCGGGAAUUAUUCAAUUUCUUUGAAGGUCAACUUGAAAGUAUCUACCGAGGCAAAUGGACAACGCCCGAGCUGGGAAACGAUAUAUUUUCAGAUGAUGCACGAAUCAAUAAUCACUCAUCCGAAAACCUUUCGUCGCAUAUCUUCGGAAAUUUAUCCGGUGACUCUGAUAUUUUACCCAAGAGAAAUAGAACUGAUUCGGGUGAUCAUGUCUACGUCAACGGCUCUAUAAAAUAUAUACUAGACGAAGAUGGUUUGUUGGUAAUGCAAUUUGGAGAAUGCGUAACAAAUCAUCUUUUGGGAGAUACAAUCUCGGAAAAUCGGGUCAAGGUCAACUCGACCUAUGAAAAUGCACGUAUUACCGAGGAAAAACAGGAUAACAAUAAUGUAAAUGUAAAUGCAAAAAACAACACAACGCUUCAGCCGAAUGUGGAAGGAAGAUCGUUUGUGGGGAAAUAUUUCUCUUAUUCAGUCACUGUUAUCAUAUUCGCUGUUAUGCUAUAUGCAAUACAGGAAUAUUUUGUUUAUUUAAUUUUAAACUUACAUAUACUGCAUGCAACUCUCUAG